AUGAAUGAUAAGGAAUUUGAAAAAUUUGUUAAAAUUCACGCGUCAGAUUGUUAUUGGAGAAUAUUAGCUGAACGUUCUCGUAUAAAACUUGAAGAUCAAUUACAAGAAAACCAACAACUUCAUGAAUUACUUGAUGAAUUAACUAAAGAAAAUGAACAAUUACAACGUAAAAGUGAACAAUGUGAAUAUUUAACAAAUAUUUUUAAUUCCAUAAUGUCAGAACAUGAUAGUGGUAUUGAACUAAAUAUUAUCGAUGAAUCUCCAGUAUCAAAACGACAAAAAGUCUAUAUUUAA